UUCCAGAUGCCCCUUCCACCAAAAGUCUCCCCUGUCACAGGGAAUCCUGUUCCUCCCCAUUACAUCCAUUCCUCAACUCUUCACUUUCAGGACGUUAAUGGCCGUUCCCUUGUAUUGCGGGGGGUCAACCUCUCAGGAUCUGCCAAGCACCCAAAUAACCAGCCAAGUCACAUACGAGAAGGCUUUUGGGAAACUGCAGAAGCGGGAAAAGGUGAUUUCAUCAAUAAACCUUUGAAUCUUGAUGAUGGUUCGGCAGACCUCCAUCUCGCCCGGCUGAAAGCUUGGGGAUACAACCUUCUUAGAUAUGUCUUCACCUGGGAGAGCCUCGAACAUGCAGGGCCGAAAGAGUACGAUUAUGCCUAUAUGGACUAUAUCAUUGCAGUCCUUCGAAAGUGUAAAGAGUGGGGUUUUAGAGUGUUCAUGGACCCGCAUCAGGAUGUAUGGUCUCGAUUUACUGGAGGCUCAGGCGCUCCCUUAUGGACACUAUACGCCUGCGGUAUUGACCCCUAUCACCUUACACCGACUGCAGCCGCCUAUCUUCACUGCGAAUGGCCAAGCGCAGAAUCUCCAAAACCACAAGACUUCCCAGCCAUGAUAUGGGGCACCAAUUAUACCCAUCUCGCUAACCAGACUAUCUGGACCUUCUUCUUUGCAGGUAAAACAUACGCACCCAAGUGCAUCAUUGAUGGCAAAAACAUCCAAGACUUUUUGCAAGAUCAUUUCAUUGACGCUGUAGGAGAACUUGCCAAACGGAUUGCUGAGGAAGGGGGAGACCUCUUGGAUGAAUGUGUCAUAGGUUGGGAUUCUGUCAAUGAGCCCGGAGAAGGUCUGAUAGGAUACAAGGAUCUUGCUGUAAUCCCUGCGGAACAACAAUUGAAAAAAGGACCCAGCCCUACCCCGAUAGAAGGUAUGAGACUUGGCAUGGGAGAAGUACAAGACGUCCAGGUGUGGAACUUUGGACCAAUGGGACCUUAUCGAGGGAGUCGUCAGACAAUCGAUCCAAAAGGAGUGAAGCUUUGGUUAAGCGAGGAAGAUGAUGUCAAGAGAGGCAGUGGAAAGUGGGGUUGGACCAGGGGGAAAGAAUGGGCUCUUGGGACCUGCAUUUGGGCUCAUCAUGGUGUCUGGGAUAUCGCAACAUCCACACUUCUUCGCCCUGACUAUUUCUCUACUCUCCCAACCAAUCCUUCCCAUCAAGUCGAUUUUGUAGACGAUUUCUGGGCACUUCACUGGCUAGCAUAUUCAUCUCGCAUCCGUCUGCAUCAUCCCGAAUCCAUCCACUUUAUCCAAGCUCCCGUCCUCCGCCAACCGCCAAAGCUUCCAGAGUCUUUCCUCAAAGGACGUGCCUGCUCUUCCCCACAUUUCUAUGAUGGUCUCACUCUCAUGACCAAGCACUGGAACUGGUUCAAUGCCGACGCAAUCGGUGUGAUACGCAAAAAAUAUUGGAGUAUAGUGCAGGCUGUGAGAAUAGGAGAAGGACCGAUUAGAAAGAUGAUACAGGGCGAGUUGGCUGUAUUGAAACAAGAUACGGUCGACAUCCUGGGCAAGUAUCCCACCCUCAUUGGAGAAAUUGGAAUUCCAUACGAUAUGGAUGACAAGAAAGCGUACGGAUACGUCGACGGAGGCCGAGGCGAGGGCGACUACUCCAGCCAGCAGAAAGCCAUGGAUUGUUCGAUGAACGCUUGCGAUGGUCCCAAUUGUCUAAAUUAUGCCAUUUGGAAUUACGUGCCGGACAAUGUCCAUGAGUGGGGUGAUAACUGGAAUGGCGAAGACUUAUCUCUUUGGAGCCUAGAUGAUAAGGAGCAGGAGUCGUAUCACGACUCUCCUAGAAGCGACACUCCUAAUUUUUCCACAAACUCCAGUAGCUUGACCAACUCCUCAGCUACGCUCACGGUGCCCAUGUCUGGUGCCGCCAAGCUCCGUCUCUCUCCCUCUGUGAUCGACGCUGGCGAUUUCUCUCCGGCCUUGAUACUCGACGGCUCAAGGGCCGUAGCCGCCUUCUGCAGACCAUAUCCGGUGGUCACUGUCGGCAUCCCGGAAAGGAUCGACUUUGACAUUACUAGCACCAAAUUCAAGUACGCUGUGCGUGUACGGGCAGAUGAUAUUGUCAACGAACAAGUUUACACUGAGAUUUAUCUGCCCUUUGUUCAUUAUGCUGCCAGCUUGGAUCCUUCCCGUCCAGCAGGUCACAACCCAAAUUCGGGACAAACAGCGUUAACGUCGACUGAUGGCGACGACAGUAACCUCUCCUCGCGUCAAACGUCAAAGGUCGAUCUUAUCGAAGAUGAACGAGCCAUCAAAUCCUCCGACCCCUCAUCUAUAUCGAUCCGCUCUGUUCCUUACUCGUCUUCCACACAACUGUCUCUAGAUGUUGCGAUCGUCGCUUCCCAUGGGCGUGUGGAAAUUCAGGGCCAGACGCUUAGGUGGUGGUAUCCAGUGCCGGGAACAGGCGAAGAAGUGUAUACUAUUGAGGUGCAAAGGAAUGGAGGUGCGUUAAGGAGAGAUUUGGGGUGUGUCAAAGCAAGCCAAUAUAAUGGGCAAACGCUGAUUAACUUAUCUCUCUAAGGUUAUGCAAGAGAUUCAAAGGAUAUCGAAUUGGAAAUCCUAGUUUGUACUUUUGGGAGCCCAUUCUGGUUUUUCUGGUUUUUGUACUUGUCGUUGUGUGAUGUAUCCAAGUGCC